AAUUCAGGAAACCGCGAGGCGAAUUAUUGUAAAUAAGAAGAACAUUGAAUAAAGCAAUAAAACAAUAGUUAUUAAGUUCAAAUUAAAAAGUCGACUUCUUUCUUAUUUGAAAGAUUCUUCUUUCAUCAUUUACAUGCAUGUCUCGAGGUUUUAUGUAUGAGUCAAAAGUCAAGAACGAGGGUUAGAGUCAUCAGGUGACUGACUUUAUCAUUCAUUCAAUCAUUCUAUCAUUCUACAUAACUACCUUAAUCAACUGUUCCAUCCACUUCUAAAUUUGUCGCGUCACGCGUCGUCUAUUCCUUAUUUCUGCACUAGGCUGCAGACUAUUCUGGACAAGGAUUAUAUUAAACCUUCAGUCCAGGCCAGGACUAGUUGGGAACAUGUCUACUACACCUAGGUCAUCGUCUCCGACGAAGCAGGACAGAUCAGCCUUUGAUCAGUCAAUGAUGGUUGAGUUGCCAACUCAUCUAGGUGACGGGACCGAACUCAUUGAACCCCCUGAGGAGGACGUGACAGUUAGACUACGCGCACAAUCGCAAUCCCAGUCGCCUACCCGAAAGCAACGUGCCAGACCCGAGCAGAACCAAGAGCUUGCUAGAAUCAGACACUUGGAACGUCAACGCCAGACACGUACGCCGGAGCCGCAGAAGAGACGAAGUAAUAAGUCUGAAAUACAGAGCCCUGGCCACCUAGCUGCAUUCAACUGGGACGACUUCGAGGAGCGUUACGAGAAGGCCCUACAAGAGGCCGACGAACAGGAAAAACAGCUCUUGGAUGACUUUGAUAGUCUUGUCAAGUACUUUAAUGUUUGGGCAACGGCUUCCUCUACCCAUGAUAACGACAGAGCAGUCAAAAGACUACAAACUCGUGAGAGACAUGUACGCCUUUCUGAACAAGCACUGGAGCAGAAGAAAAAGCAUCUAUCCGAGGUUGUAAAGGCUUUCCAGAGUGCUCUGGCAUUGUUGAGCACGACCUGAACAGCAAGUUUAGCUCACAUCCACGUCAGAUGAGAAAUACAUAUAUGUAAGGCGUUGGGUUAGUGAGGUAGGUACCGAUGCAUGAAGGUGGCGUUAGUGUGUUCGCCCUGUCCUCUACGAGGAUCACGGCCUAAUGACUUUACGAUUCUCAUGAACAGUUAAUAGUAUGAAAUUCUAUUUAGAUUCUACUCCUAUAUCCACCUAUAUGUAGUAAUAUAGUAGCUUCGUAAACUGUG